AGAGUAUAGAAGGAAGAAUAGGAGUGUCAGACAGAUAGAGGAAGAAAUAGCUAGAGAGAGAGAGAGAGAGAGAGACAGAGAGACAGACAGUAAGAGAGAGAGAGAGAGAGACAGAGAGACAGACAGUAAGAGAGAGAGAGAGAGAGUAGGGAAGUGAGUUAGACAGACAGUGACUGCAGUAAGGAACUGGAGUGUCAGAUAUAGAGAGGGAAAGAGAAGAGAAAUUGACGAGCUGAGAGCGACGGAGGUGGUGGUGGCCCAAUGAGGUUUGGAGUAUGUUUUAAUGGUUAAUCCUUGAGAACGGAAGUCUUGUGCCAGUCACAGGUGGGGAACCAUGCCGAGUAGUUGUAUUGUGAAAGGUUGCAAGAGUGUCCAGAAGAAAAACCAGGCGAUCCAUUUUUACCGGUUGCCGUGGAAUGACCGUCCACUGUUGCGAAAGUGGGUGGAAAGAGCCGGCUACAACCUCAAUGAUCCCAGCGACGUGGAGAGAAUCAGUAAAGAGAGCAGCAGGGUGUGUAGUCUUCAUUUCAAGAACAAUGUUCGGAUGGGAAAAAAAGAUUUGCCACGGAUCAACCUACUCGUGUAUGAACAAAAUAUUCUCCAAGAAGCUGCUCAGUCAUUAUUGGAACUUUCCGGAGCAACUUCAGUGUAUAGUACUGUCCAAGGUCCCUCAGACAGCAACAACAAUAUAUCACCCACCAGAAUGGGGCCAUGUCCACAGAAUCCCGGUAAUAAUCAACUCAAUCAAGCUACAACUUUAGCAACAGUUGCAACCCCAGAACAAACUGUUGCAAUGGUUGUCCCAGCUACAACUCAAUACCAGAGCGAAACGGUGAUCACCUACACACCUGACACAGUGGUCACCUAUUCUCCAAUGCCAGAGAGUGCUGUUGCAUACACCUCUGAGUCAGUGGCCACAAAUGGACCAAGCAAUAUAACGUAUGAACCUGAUGCUGUUGUCAUGUACGCCCCUGACUGUGAAAGUUAAUGUCAUUUUAAACCGUACCUUGGUUUACUGCUAGAUUCUACUGCUGGUUAAAUUGGUAUUCAAUAACAAAUUUAGUGAAACUUACCUUCCCAUAGAAAAGGAAAACCCAUCAUUUAAGGAUUCUAUGUUCUGAAUUCUCCCUCCCCUCUCCUCUCGAUUUAUUUACCUACCGUCUUCUACCUGGUUGUAUAUUAAAAUCUCCAUUAAAAUAGAUUCCAUUUAGAUUUUUAAAAUAGUUACUAGAUUUAAACUCCCCUAAAAACCGAAAAAAAAAAAGGCAUUGUGAGAAUUACAGAUAUACAUGGUUUUGAAACAGAAUUUUUUUUUUAAUUUAAAAAAAGUCUUUUCAUGUCUUCCUUUCUUCAAUAUCGAUUAUUUUCUAAUAAAAUACCCAGGGGUCUACUCCAACCCAUUUGAUCCAUUUUUACAGCAAACAAAAUUAUUGACUUAAAAAUGGUUUUCAGGUCAAUAAUUUUUGUAAAAGAAAUCUUUAGAAUCUCUAAUUUUUCUUUAUUUCUUCUAGAUAAUUGAUAAAAUUGAUAAAUGUAAAAAUUGAUUCUAUUUGGGUCUCUACAAAAUUAAAAAAGACUUUUCUUUCUUUUUUCUUUUUUUUUUUUUUUUUUUUUUACAUAUUCUGAACCAAAAUCCUAGUUAGGUAUUAAUUUAUGAUUUUUCUGUCUAAAUUUAAUGAGUAUGGAAACAUCAAAUGUGAAAAUAUUAUAUCAACUAUUAAUGUAGUGAAGAUAGGGAGGGAGAAUAAACAAGAAAAGUAUUUCUUUUAAACUUUAAUAUUGCUUCUCCUAGAAAUGUCUAAUUCAAAGCCGUCUUUUCCUUCUUUUUCCUGUGCUCCACAAAGAAAGUUGAAAGCAGUUGUAUGAAGCCUUGCUGCAAUUCAAUCUUCAAUGAUGUGGUUCAUUUAUUUAACAGACAUCGUAAAUCCAUCCAAUUCUAAAACAAAAUGAAAAAAAAAAAAGAACUAAAAAAAAACCCCACCAAAAACAGAAGAACCCCCUCCAGGAAAAUCCCAAUGUGCUUAUUUCUCCCUAACUCAUUUUUCCUUCUGAAGAAUCCAUCCAAGCAAACAUUUAGCACAACUAAAACUUCACCAACAUUUUCUGUCUGCCUGCACUCGGUAUUCCAGUCUUAAAUCUGGUUAUGUUUUAUUAUUACCUUCACUACGCAUGGACAUAUUUCAAGUAAAGCUCACCUCUGCUGACUGUAGUAACCAAAUAUUCGAAAAACUCCACAGAAAAUAGACAUUUUCAAAUAAAGCUCACCUCUGCCUAUUAUAGUAACCAUAGACACUAAACAUCCCACAGAAUUCACUGAAACUUAGUUCUCUGUGACAAAUCACUGUCCCUUCCAUAACUCUUUUUCUUUUAUUGAAUUAACCGUUAUUAUUGCUUAUUUUAAAAAUUGGCAAUGUUUGUUUGUCUCCAUUUUUUUUUUUCUGUCUUCAAUUACAAAGUAAAUUUCUUUAAAGAACUUUUAGAUUGAUACUUUUUUUUUUUUAUUGAAGAAGUUAGCAUAUUCUUAUCUGAUAUUUUCUUAUGUUCUUGGAGAAACCUACUGUUGUCUUAGUUGGCAAAUAGUAUUUAUUUACCAAUUUAGUAAAAUAAAUUGCUUAGAAUUUAGUCUCUUCCUCAAAACUUAAUAUAAAACUUAUGAUGUGGUUUGAAGCCAAGUUGGAAGGAACUCUAUCUUCUAGUCAUUCUGAAUUGUUUCAGGAAUUAACAUCCAAUUUAAUAAUAAUAAUGAUAAUAAUGAUAAUGAUGAUAAUUAAUAAAAGGGCUCAGUGUUGAAAAGUGAACGGAGAGGUAAAAGCAUUAAUGAAUCUUGAUAUCUCAAAUAAAAUGAACUAACAAUAGUUUAAAAAGAAAAAAAUUUUUUUUUUUUUUUUGAGAUUAUCAAAGUACUUAAAAAUAUUGCUCUUGUUAUAUCUGUUCUUGUGAUAUUCUUCAUGGGUUUUGGGUGUGUGUGUGUGUGUGUGGCGGGGGUUUAUUUUGUGUUGCUUAUUGUCUGCACAUAUUCAUUGAACUAUUUCCAUAGACAAAAUGUCAGCGCUGCAAUGCCACAUAAAUUUAAUUUUCCUUUACCUGGCUGAGUAAUUGGCCUUAAGUGAUAAAGCGGGCAACAAUAGCACUGGUAUGAGUGAUGUCUGAUAAAAUAUGAGCCAAAUGCUUUUGCGGUUUGCCAUUAUUAGUAUUAUUAUUAUUAUCAUUAUUAUUAUUACUAUUAUUAUUAUUAUUAUUAUUUGCGAUGGAUUGGCAGAAUGGUUACAGUGUUGGACGAUAUGCCUUGCAGUAUUUGUUCUGGCUCUUAACAUUCUGAGUUCAAAUCCUUCCAAGGUCAACUCUGCCUUUCAUCCUUUUGGGGUUGAUAAAAUUAAAGUAACGGUCCAAUACUGGAAUUAAUGGUAUUGACUGACACCCUUCCCUUAAAAAUUGCUGGCCUUCUACUUAAAUUAGAAACUAAUUAUUAUUAUUAUUAUUAUUAUUAUUAUUAUGAGUAGUGGCUGGUUGAAUCGGUAGAGUAGUGGACAAAAUACUUUGUAGUAUUUAGUUAUGUCCCUUUACGCUCUGAGUUCAAAUCCCACUGUGGUUGACUUUGCCUUUCAUCUCUCUGGGAAGGAUAAAAUAUCAGCUAUUUCUUUCCUCAAAAUUUGUGGCCUUGUGCCUAUAUUAGAAACCAUUAUUAUUAUUAUUAAUUAUUAUUAUUAUUAAUUAUUAUUAUUAUUAAUUAUUAUUAUUAUUAUUAUUAUUAUUAUAGGGUGGUGGGUUGAUAGAAUUGUUAGAGCGUUGGAAAAAUACUUUGAGGUAUUUCUUCAAGCCCUUUAUGUUCUAAGUUCAAAUCCCGCCAGAGUCAACUUUGCAAAACUUGUGGCCUUGUGCCUAUGAUAGAAACCAUUAUCAUUAUUAUCAUUAUCAUUAUUAUUAUUAUUAUUAUUAUUAUUAUUAUUAUUAUUAUUAUUAUUAUUUUAAUGUUACUUAGUAUUUCUUGUCUUCUUUCUUCGCCCCAUUCCUUCCUUUCUUUUAAUGAAGUUGUCAUUUUUCAUCUGCCAUUUUGUACUAUACAAAUGUUUUAGGACAAAAUGUUUUCUCUUUUCAAUCGGUGCUAGAAUAAUGAGCUGAGGUGACAAUAUCUGAAGCAUUAUAAUAAUAAUUCAUUCUGUAAACAGUUUCAACUGCUUAUCACUACACUUGCUACUGAAUGAACAUCAUUUGUUUACUUAUGUCUUUCACAGAAGAUUUUCAUCUUCUAGAACAAAGGAAUCUUUGAUUCUAUAAUUUCUUUUUCUUCAUUUUUUAAAAAAAUAUUUACAACUGCUUAUAUAUUAUCAAUUGGAGAUACAUUUCUCCCGGUGUAUAUUGUACAGAUAUCGUCUUGGUAAUAUCUUUCAUGGUUUGGUCAACGAGGCUUUAUAAAUCCUGUAUUCAUUUUACAGCAUUCCAGUUAUUUGAAUUUUUUUUUAUAUAUAUAUAUAUAAAAUUAUUUAUAAAGUAAAAAUAAAUAAAAAAGAAAUUACAAGUUGGUUUAUGCUACAUGUUUGAUAUAAGCAUAUGAUAUUUUGGAGUGGAAAAAAAAAUGCUUAAAAUAAAGUGAUUGAUGGUAACGGUUGUCCCUAACUUGUGAAAAUUCAUGUUCAACUGGAAGAUAACAUCUGGAUUUAUAAACAGUUUCUUAUCAUUAUAAUAUAUUUCCUUAUUCUACUGUAUUCAAAUGCUAUUGUGUGUGCAUGAGUUAUAAUUUUGUUGUUUUUUUUUUUUUUCAAAUCAAAAAUUUUCAUUUCUAGAAAUUUAUAUUUAGAAAAGAAAAAAAAAAAUAGUGUUUUAAUUUAAGCAAAAUGAAAACAGUGUUUCUUAAAAGUAAUUUAUGCCACAACUUGCGUUGUAUAACACAAGUUGAACUUGUAUUCCAUCCGACAUUUGUAAAUAUGUUGAAAUCCUUCCAAGAAUUUUGUUUUUUUUUUCCAACUCAGCAAAUUCUUUUUUUUUUUACUACACUUUUUAAUCAAUGUCCAAAGCAAAAUGAACUUAUCCAGUUGUUUUAAUGGUAAAUCAUUUGGUUGUUAUAUUUGAAAAAUACCUUGCAGGAUUAUGGAUUUCUGUCUCUUCUGUCCAUUAAAUGCGUUUCUACAGGCUUUAUAUACUUGAACAAAAUAAUAUUGCUUCACACAACUAUCAUGAAUUUAAUCUCAAUCAUCCGUCCACAUUUUACUUUGCAAAAUUAGUUCUGUUACAUCAGCUUCAGUAAUUCCUUCUGUUAUAAAUCUCUCUAAUGUAUACAUAUUUUCACUCCUUCUGUCUAUGGCAUACUGGUCUCUGUCUUCAUUGAUUUUCCUGCUGUUAACUGUUGAUACAUGCUGCAUAGAUUGUUUUGUAUUGUUAACCGUUCUAUAAUUAUUGCUGUUCUUGCUAUCUGUCCAGCCUUUCUCCAGGUGAGAUUCCACCCAAACAGUAUUCUGCUGAAGUAAUUUUUAACAUUUCUAAUCUUCUCAUCACUGUUUUCUGUUUUGUUUCUGGGUUGUCCCCCACCCCCUACUCCUCCUCCUCUUCCUUUCUUGUAAUCUGAUUGUUUACUUAAAAACCUGAAUUCAGCUAAACAUUUUACAUUUGCUGUGAUUUUUACCAAUUUUUUUUUUUUUCUUUUUAAAGAAAUCUUUCGUCAGUUUGUAAUAACUUGAUAAAAAAAAAAAAGAGAAACUUUUUCCUCAUCGGAUUUAACACAGGAUUAGCGAUAUUUGUCCCCUAUCCAAUGCUAGAAUGCUACAUACCUAAGAUAUGGUUCUUAAUUGUUGGGAAAGACGAGAGCUGAUGACAAAAGUGGCCGAAACAUUCUGUAAGUUAGAAUAGCUCAAAGCACAUAUUAUUCUUUUAAAGUAAGCCAAAAUCUAGGAGUAGUUUAUUGUCUAGAUUAUCCCAUUCAUUCUUCUUUUUGUUCUCUCACCAUAAUAGUGGUUUGCCCAACAAAUAUUAUUUUAAUCUUAUUACUCAAUAAGCAAUGGCCUAAAUAUUUAUUUGAUUUGUAAUUGUGUUCUAUUUCUAGUUUAUUUAUUCCUUUUUUAUAUUUGUCUUAAAAAGUCUAACCUGUUGCAUUAGUUAGAACCAAAGUCAAUAAUGUUGCUUACUCACAGCUGAAAACCAAAGUGAAAUGCUAUAACAUUUCCUCCAAUAAUAUACCAUAAUCAAUGAAGAAUAAAGUUUCUUCUCACACUUUCUCCCUUCCACAAUAAAAAA